UCUAACAUCUUCCCCCCACAGUACCAGUCUCUGCACACAACCCCAUUGGAACAAGAAAGAAAGAGACUCACCAGCUAUACCCCACAACUCCCUCACUUUACUCUCCUCCUUCUUGUUCUUGUUCUUGUUCUUGUUCCAAUACAGAAAAGAAAGUCUCAUUGCAUUCGGUAUCUGUAUCCUCUUCUUCAAUCCAGCGCCAUGGAUACCUCCGUCUAUGGUGUCUGCAACCACAAGAACUUCUCCUUCUUCCUCAUUCUCGUAUUCCUCGUCCCAUUCCUUCUCCAUUCCGCAUCGUCUUCAACCUCUCCUCAGAUCAACUCAAAUUCCAUCCUCGUCGCGCUCUUGGAUUCUCACUACACCGAACUCGCCGAGCUAGUUGAGAAGGCACUCCUCCUUCAGAAGCUUGAAGAAGCUGUCGGCAACCACAACAUCACAAUCUUCGCACCACGCAACCAUGCUCUCGAGCGAGACCUCGACCCUGAGUUCAAGCGCUUCCUUCUCGAACCUCGAAACCUCAACUCACUCCAGACCCUCCUCAUGUCCCACAUUCUCCCCACUCGCAUCCCCUCCGCCGCCUGGCCUCCCGCCGCUACCUCCGUCGUGCGCCACACAACGCUCUCCUCCGACUACCACCUUCAUUUGACUACCAACUCCUCGGGACAUAAGACUGUUGACUCCGCCGCCGUCCUCCGCCCUGACGACAUUGUCCGCCCUGACGGUGUCAUCCACGGCAUCGAACGAUUAUUAGUUCCUCGAUCCGUACAGGAAGACUUCAACCGCCGCCGUAGUCUCCGCUCCAUCGCCGCGGUACUACCGGAGGGAGCUCCGGAGGUGGAUCCUCGCACUCACCGACUGAAGAAGCCAGCUCCAGUUCCCGCCGGAGCGCCUCCGGUUCUUCCGAUCUAUGACGCCAUGGCUCCUGGACCAUCUCUAGCUCCGGCGCCGGCACCAGGACCCGGCGGCCCCCGCCACCACUUCAACGGAGAGCGCCAGGUGAAGGACUUCAUCCAGACGCUGCUGCAUUACGGCGGGUACAACGAGAUGGCGGACAUUCUCGUAAACCUAACUUCCCUGGCAACGGAGAUGGGGCGGUUGGUGUCCGAGGGUUACGUCCUAACGGUUCUGGCGCCGAACGACGAGGCCAUGGCGAAGCUUACGACGGAUCAAUUGAGCGAGCCGGGGGCGCCGGAGCAGAUCAUAUACUAUCACAUCAUACCGGAGUACCAGACGGAGGAGAGUAUGUACAAUGCCGUUAGAAGGUUCGGGAAGAUUCGUUACGAUACGUUGCGGUUGCCGCAUAAGGUUGCGGCUCAGGAAGCUGAUGGCUCUGUAAAAUUCGGAAAUGGCGAUGGCUCUGCGUAUUUGUUUGAUCCUGAUAUCUAUACGGACGGAAGGAUCUCCGUCCAGGGGAUCGACGGCGUUCUUUUCCCGCGGGAGGAGGAGGAGGAAGACAAUAAGGCGGCGGCUCGCCGUAGAACAACCCCGCUUGUUAAAGUUGCUGCCAAGCCUAGGAGAGGGAAAUUGAUGCAAGUCGCUUGUGGCAUGCUUGGAGCUUUUGGCUCAGUCUGCUAAUGAAAUCGCCAUUCCAACUAAUCGCUGAAAAAAAAAAAGAUUUAAAAAAAAAUAAAGAGUGAAUUUGUGUACACAAGUUGAGGAAUGUUGUAGAGUUAAUACAAAAGUUGCCCAAAAAAAAAAAGCGAUUACGUUGCAGGAUUUCGGUGGACAUACAGAAGAAGACAACGAUUUUUCUGUCAUUUUGUUUCAUACUGUAAUUACAUAUCAUUUUUUUAUUAAAUUUUUAUCUUAUGUUGGUAAUGUCUCUGUAAUCUGUAUGCAUAAAUAACCUUGGAAUACGACACUUCAUCACGGGUUGCAAUUUGCAUACUUUUCUUUCCUUUCCUUUUUCCCUUCUUUUUAUUAAAUUUUUUUCUGUUUGUUUGUGAAUCAAAUUCAUACAUGACCUACUUGUUACUUCUCUAUUUAUUAUAUUUAUUUAUAUUAUUGCUA